AUGACCUUUGGUGAGGCACGUUCUCCGUGCGCAGCCCAGUACAUUAAGACUGUAAACGCAAUGGGGUAUAAAGAGAAAUUUGCUCGAGCUGUAGAGGCCAUUGUAAAGCAUCAUUACGUCGACGAUUUCGUGGACAGCUUUCCGUCAGUGGAAAAAGCAAUUGCCGUAACAACUCAGGUGCGCGAAAUUCAUAAAGCAGUUGGGUUUGAUAUGUGCGCAUUCAUUUCGAAUUCGGAUAUUGUGGUUAAAUCACUGCGAAACACGGCACAGCUAGAGGAUGCAGCUGUAAGCCACCUUAAAUCUCAAGAUGCAACGGCAGAGAAGGUAUUGGGAAUGUAUUGGAACCCGGAAGAUGAUACAUUCCGCUACGAGUUGAAGUUCCACCGAGUUGAUGCUGACGUAGUGAGUGGAAACAGGCCGCCGACGAAACGAGAGUUGUGCAGUUACAUCAUGUCUAUUUUCGACCCCAUGGGAUUUUUGUGUCAGUUAACUGUCGGUGCGAAAUUAUUGUUGAGAGAGGUAUGGCAGGGAGGAGUGACUUGGGAUCAGCCAUUACCGGAAGAUAUGUACGAGUGUUGGAUAGUCUGGCAGAAAGAAGUUGAGAGCACAACAACUAUUCGAGUUCCUCGAUAUUAUUUUCACGAAGGGCCGCCUAAAGAGUUACAAUUGCAUGUAUUUGUGGAUGCAAGCGAGGAAGCAUUCUCGGCGGUAUGCUAUUGGCGAUACAAGGAUGCCAGGGAGACCUUUAGAACUGCUUUAAUCGGCGCAAAGACCAAAUGCGCUCCAAUAAAAUGCAUAACAAUUCCGAGAUUAGAGUUACAAGCCACCGUUUUAGGAGUACGCCUCUCUCAAAUGAUCUUGGAGGAACAUAAACUUGUCUGCACACGCAUUCUAUGGAGCGACUCAACGACAGUAAUUAGCUGGUUAAACUCGCAGCAUCGCCGUUAUAAACCGUUCGUCGCUCAUCGUAUCGCUGAAAUUCUGGCGGUGACUCGGCCAGGGGACUGGAACUGGGUACCAACCAACGAAAAUCUAGCCGAUGAAGCCACUCGACGAAGUAAAAAUUUAAACUUCAAUUCCACAUCGCGCUGGUUCAAUGGUCCUGAGUUCCUAUCGCUGGGGACAGACAGUUGGCCAAAGGCGCCUAUAAAGGCAAAUAAUGACUUAGUAUGCAGCGAAAUCUUGCCAGCGAAAAGAGUCUUACUGGUUGACCGUAUUAGUUUUAUUGAGUUUGACAGAUUUUCUUCCUAUAACAAGUUGAAACGAACAGUAGCAUGGAUUUUAAGGUUUUUUGGCAGGACCCGUCCCAAAUUCACCGAUCAAAAGGAGUAUGGUUUAUCUGCAACUGAACUGGACGCUGCUGAAAAACUUCUGUGUCGUCAAAUACAAGCUACUGAAUUUUCAGUGGAAAUCAAGCUAUUGCGGGAGGGUCAACCGCUAGCUAAAGAUAGUAUAUUAUACACAUUGUCUCCAUUCAUCGAUAACGAUCAAAUACUACGACUGAGGCGAGUGUUCAAAGGAGUUGUUACAAAUUGUAUGGUCUGCCGAAUCUCCAAGGCAAAGCCUGUCGUACCCAUCAUGGGACGAUUGCCGGAAGAUCGCGUUACGCCGUAUGUUAGACCAUUUAGCUAUACUGGCUUGGAUUAUUUUGGCCCAAUAAAUGUCAUGAUCGGACGACGAACGGAGAAACGAUGGAUCGCGCUCUUUACCUGUUUAACAGUUCGAGCCAUACAUCUUGAAAUAGCCGCUGAUUUGUCGACGGAUGCUUGUAUCCUGACCAUCCGCAACUUUAUCAACCGUCGCGGAGUGCCCGUACGUAUACGCAGCGACAACGGUAGAAACUUUCUCAGCGUAAGCCAGGAGGCAAGGCGGUUUACUGAGGUGUUCGAUUGCGAACGUCUACAGAGCAAGCUAUCUGGCAGAGGCAUUGAGUGGCGGUUCAAUUGUCCGGCAAACCCAUCUGAAAGAGGCAUAUGGGAACGCAUGGUACAAUGCGUGAAGCGAGUAUUGAGACACACUCUAAGCGAAAUAGCUCCACGCGAACACACGUUGCAGAGUACUCUUAUCGAAGCGGAAAACAUCGUGAAUUCUCGCCCAUUGACGCAUUUGCCAAUAUCACCUAAGCAGGAUGAGCCUCUCACUCCUAACCACCUUUUGUUGGGAACGGCCAAUACGGCACAAACUCCGGCCAUAAAUGAAGCAGAAGAGAAGACGUGUGCUUUGAGAAAGCAGUGGCGAAUUGCGCGGCAGAUACGGGACAAAUUUUGGAAGCGUCGGGUAAUGGAGUACCUGCCUACCUUAACGCGCAGAGUUAAGUGGUGUCAGAAAAGUAAGCCACUACAAGCGGGGGACCUUGUGCUUAUAUGCGACGUGAAUGUGCCGCGACGUCAGUGGUGUCGUGGCGUGGUUCAGCGUGUGAUUCCUGGCGCUGAUGGGUUACUAAUAGAGCCGGCAAAUUAUUCGUAUGUGCAGAAUUGUGCAAACGCAAAAGCUGCGUGGGAAGCGCUGGAGACUGCGUUUGAGGAUAAUGGGGUCCUACGUCGCAUGGAUCUCUUAAAAUUCGUGAUGAGACUAGAAUUGGCUGAUUGUUCCUCUAUGGAAGAAUACGUCAAUAAAAUGCCUUGCACGCAACAAAAGUUGGACAAAUCAGGUACGAAGAUUCCGGGUGACAUCGAAUACCGUCCAAUGGUAAUGGCGCUUGCAAACAGUGGUAAAGCGCUGACGACUGACCUAGUACGCACAAACUUGCUACAAGAAGUAAGAUAUGAAUCUACGAAUAAUGACGUAGUGGCUCUUAUUUCAAAAAAGCAGAAAAACAACCGUGCACGGAAAAUUAACAAACAAGCGGUUGUGUGUUUCGAAUGUAAUGCGAAGGGGCAUUAUGCGAACAAAUGUCCAACGAAGUCAAAGAAAUCUCAAAACAACUUGUUACUGAUGUCGACAUCACUCGUUGCGAAAACUGAAAAUGCAAAUGAGUGGUUUAUUGACUCUGGGGCUUCUGCUCACGUGACGAUGUCUUCAAAUAAUUUAUGUGAGCUACGAGAGCCAAAAUCCAAGGAGAAUAUUGUUGGCGAUAGUGAACGCCUUAAAGUGAAAUGUGCUGGAGAUGUUCGCAUGACGAUAUCGUCGGACGAAAAUGCGAAUAAUGAGCAAUUCACUGUAAAAGACGUUUAG